UCAGAGUGUGAGUGAGAAGUUGAGGGGCGAUCAGCGUGGUCUGUAGAGCGACUUUUGGGCGAAUGUGAACACUCACAAACAGAGAUGUCAGGAGCCAAGCAAAGGAUGCGCAGCAAGAAGAUGCGAAAUCAGCCCAGCAACGUCACGUUCUCGGCGGCAGGCUGGCAGGGCCGGGGAGAGGCGUCCUUCUCGGGGCGGAGGAGUGAACACACCCCGCCGAUGAGAGGUCAUGGCCCCCGGCCUUCGGGGUCCCACUACCAGUCCGGUGGUUGGGUCAGAGGGCACUAUGGAGGGGGUGACGCGAAGGGCGGUCAGGGCUAUGCCGAGGGGCUCCCCAAAUACAUCACCGCCUCAACCUUCGCCAAGGCCAGAGCGGCGGAGGUGUGUGCCAUGGUGAAGGCGGUCUCCAAGACGACGGGCAGCUCGCAUGUGUUUGGCGCCCUGCCCAAGCACAUGAGGCGGAGGGCGAUGAGUCACGACACCAAGCGGCUGCCGGCCCGCCUGAGGGAGGGGGCGCAGAAGAUGCUGGAGAAGAGCCAGAGGGCGAGUCAGAAGGAGAAGAAGGAGCAGUCGAAAACGAAGAGCCGGAAGGCACGCCGGCGCCACGGCAACCUGCUGCUGGAGUUCAACCGGCGGCAGAGGAAGAACGUGUGGCUGGAGACGCACAUCUGGCACGCCAAGCGCUUCCACAUGGUGAAGAGGUGGGGCUACUGUCUGGGACACCGGCCCACCUACAAGUGCUACAGGGCCUGUUACAGAGCCAUGAGCAAUUACUGUCUGCUGCAGGACCUGUCCUACUACUGCUGUGUGGAGCUGCAGGGACCAGAGGAACAGCUGCUGCCAGCCCUCUCCCGGCUGACCAGUAAAGAAACAGGACCCACAUUCGCCACAGCACUGUGCCUCUCUGGGAGGAGGCAGGGCAGUGCGGUUCUGUACAGAGCGGACCGGUACCCCACCCAGCCGCUGGGCCCGGUUCUCUUCCUGUGGCGCCCCAGGUCUGAGCACUCCACCCACCGGCAGCUGUGGAUCUGGGCUCAUCCCACCAUGAAGCAGGACCUCCUGCCUGAGCUUCAGGCUGUUUGCCAGUGCACUGUGGCAGUGGUUCCACCCGCCCCGGUUGCCCAUCCCGCUGCAGAACCAGACCCGGCACCGGCACCAGGGCCGACUGAGACAGCAGGCAAGGAGCAGCCCGAAGGGAGGAAGAGGAAGAGAGCAGGCGAAGAGUCCGAGGUUGCCGUUCCUGUGAAGAAGAUCCUUGGUGAUGGCACUCGCUCUCCCACGACUCCCGUUUCCUGGAAGUCCAACUCAACAGAGAUUGUCAUACGUGACCUCACAAUGGAAAUUGUGCGCUAUCGUCUGAUUGGACCACUCUCCCACUCUGUGCUGACGGAUACUCUGGCACCUGCCUCAGAAUGUGAAGCUGCGAGCAAAACAGAAACUUCCUGCUUCUGGUGGCCAGAACAUUGCAAAGAAGAAGGCAACAUGUCACUUCACCGUGAACAAGCAAAUGUCUUUCAGCUACUCAAAGGAGUAUUCUCCACAGCAGAAAUCCCAGCAGGUUCUGUCCUCGGGCUCACCGUCGAUGACCCCCGGCUGACCUUACCAGCAAAGAGGACCAAAGUGGGGCCUGACAUCCAGCAACUGCAAGGGGGGGACGAGGACGCUGACAGGAGGAGGGCGCUGACGCUGCAGGGCAUCCCAGAGCACUGCUGUCAGAGCUCCCUGUGGGAUGAGUCUGUGCGCGAUAACGUCACCACCAAUAAGAUCCCAGAACAGGAGCUGAACCGGAUGAAGAAUGAGCUGCUGGUCCCGGGUUCGAGGCUGCACCCCACGCCCCCGCAGGGCCGCGUACCCAUGCUGCUGGUCCAGCAGGCGGGUAAGCAGGUGGGCAGCGAGAUGGCCUCCUGGGGUGCGGGCUGGGACCUGCUGCUGCCCAAGGGCUGGGGCAUGGCCUUCUGGGUACCCCUGGUGUACCGUGGUGUGCGCAUCGGCGGCCUCCAGGAGGCACUGAAGCACUCCCAGAACAAAGGGGCGUCGCACUUCCCCCACGACUUCCCAGACUGCCCGGCGGGCGCCCGGUUCCAGCAGGAGCAGGAGACUGAACUGUGUGCCGCCUACAAAAGGCGUCCGCCUGCCAAGAGGACCAAUUACAUAAAACAUGGCUGCCUCGCACCGUUCCGUUGCCCAUGGCAACAACUGGCUGAGGAGUGGGAGAUGAUCGUGAGGGAGGGCGGAGAUGUAGACCGGCCUGUGCCUGCACCCCACCCCCACCCUGACCCCCAGCCUCGGAGCAGAGAGGAAGCCUCCAUCCCACAGCCAGAGGAAGGGACAUCACAUUCAGACAGUGGCGUAUCUCCACAGAGCGGAUUCACUGUCCUGAGGAACCGGAAAGUUCUGAGGAGGCUGUCUGCCUGGUGUACACCCACCACCUCCAGAGGUCAGAGGUCAUGGCGGUCUGCGCAGUCAACGCAGGUUGAGCAGCUGAGCCCUGCAUCCACGGCACCUCUUUGCGCAGUCUACAGCAGGAGUUUAGUGUGGGCACGCCUGUCUCUGCUGCGCAAAGGCCGUCCCACACUCCACGCCACGGUUUGCGUCCCGACCCUAGACGACAUCGAGCUGCUGCGCCGAGACCCUGCCUUCUGUGGCCCACAGGAGCCCCGCCAUAUGGAUCACUUCAAGAGCCGACUGAAGAAGCGCAAGAAGGGCCAGAAAGCAGCCACCUCUUCUGCCAAGCCAGAAAGCCUUCCAGCAGAGCCUGGCUCCGCCCCUAGCCUCACUCCUGGCUCCGCCCCCAGCCUCACUCUGGGGCUGUGGCCAGACCCGCUGCCCAGCGUGACCUCACACUGCUCGCGGGUUACUCUGGGCUGGGUGACACAGGGGGACUUCACCCUGUCUGCGGGCUGCGGGGAAGCCCUGGGGUUCGUCAGCCUGACAGGGCUCCUCCACAUGCUGCCUGAACAGCCUCCAGACCUCAGGGGUCUGGUGCUACUGCGCAACCCCUCCUCCCUGCAGUACCGCUUUGCCAAAAUCAACAUAGAGGUGUGACCUUACACCAACGCCAGUGCCACUGCCCAAUCCCACUGGGGUCACUUUCACUUACAGAUACUUAGUAUAAAUGUAGACUAUAAAGUUUAGAAGAUACAGCA